AUUAAUAUUAAAUAACACUAAUAGUGUUUCAGAGUUCCCGCUACAAAUUUAUUUAUAAUCAUUCUUGUUUUUAAUUUUUUUUAAAUUUUAUUCUCCAUUCUCUUUGUAAGAAUUUAACUGGUUCAUAAAAUACUUUAUAACUAUUAUGUAAUAUAAUUAAUUGAAUAGCUUAUGUAGAUAUUUUGACAGCGUUCAGAAUACAAAUUGUGAAUUUAACAAAUAAUUUAUCAUCAUUUCAAGAUGCCAAAAGUAAAAAGAAAGAAUGAUGAAAAUGUAUGUCCUAGAAAAUAUUCUCCUAAAGUCCAAUCAAGACCUGUAAAAAAACCAUUCAAGUUUGAUAUUAAAAAGAUUUUAAAAGAGAGACAAGCUGACAAUGAGUUUUGGAAGCAAAGUGCUGAACUCGAUGAAGAAAUAAAAAUUGUUGAAGAUUUGUUUCAAAAAGAAAUAAUAAAAUCUAAAAAUAUUCCAAGUUCUAGUAAUUUAUCAAUGAAAGGUUGGGUUAUAUUUGAUCCUUUAAAGUUUAAAAAUAAAAAUGUUGUCUUAAAUAAAAUGAAGUCUCAUUCAGAAAUUCUUCUUCGUAUGUCUGUUGAACAAGAUGAAUUGAAAGCUAAUAUUAUAUUCAAUAAUUUAUUUAAUGCCAAUUGGUCACCUUGUAUAAAAGAUAUAGAAGAUUUAUUCUUAAAUUGGGGAGCUGAUUUAUCUACCUUGACGAGCAAACCAUUUUUAAAAUCUACAAUAAGUAACCAUGAAAACUUUCGACGUCAUAAUUUUGAAUUAGUGAUGACUUUAAUAGCUCUUAAUAUUACCAAAAAAAAUCAUUCUUUGUCAAAUGAAGAUUUGUUGAAUUUAGCUAAAUAUACUGUUACUAUUUCAUUUGACCAUUUUUGUGGACAAAUGAUAAACAUAAUAAAAACAAUUUUUACUGUUUGUAUUGAGACAGCAUUUAAUGUAGAUGAUGAGACCGGAAUAACUGCAUAUGCUCAAGAUUUAUACAGUCUACACAAGAAAAGUGACUUACUAAAGAUACUUGUUGAUUUAUUUUUACCAUUAGAAGGACAUUCCAUGAAAAAGAUUUAUACCUAUAUCACAUUUAAAUUAUAUAAGCAUUUUUUAGAAAAAACAAAUAUUAACUCUUUCCCAUCAAGUUUUAAAGAUUGGUUUGUUCAAGAUAUGGUGAAUAAAGAAUAUUUUACCAAACAUCCAAUGAAACUAUUGCAAUAUGUUGUUGAUUUACUAGAACACAUUGUAAUUGUAUUUGAUUUAUAUCAAGACGAAGAAAAAUUAAAUUCUAUGUAUAAUUUUUUAUAUGCUGCUGCUAGACCUUCUGGUAUAACACAAUCCUUAAAAAUAGUUAACACUUUAGAUCAGUGGCGAUUAAGACUAUUUCGUCUCCAUGUCAAUCGUAAGAAAAUUAUUCAGGAUUAGAAUAAAGAACGAAAAAAUGUAAUAUUAUGUUUAUAAGUAUUAUUCAGUCUUUAUUUUUAUAUUGAGUUUAUUAGCUUUUAGUUUCUUUAAAUUUCUAAUAAAUUACGAAAUUUAUAUAAAAUUUUAAUGUUUUAUAGUUAAAAUAAGAUAUUAUUACUAUAUUAAUUUGUGGUUCUAAUUUAUUCUGAGUAUAUUUUUUAUCAAACAAUGGUUUCUUACUUUUUGUUUUUCUAGGUAUGUCUCACUUUAAGCUAAUUAUAUCACAUUACUGAUUUUAUUUUGUUUCAAA